ACACACACACACACACACAAACACAUGAAACUCCUCUGUGGGAGGAAGCAGGAAACCAGUGUUGUUGUCACUUUGGACUGAACCUUUGGGACUGACGAGAGAAGGGCACAAAGGGUCCAGAAAGUGGGGAUGUUGAAGGGACCCAGCGCCUGAAAGCUUCCUUGAGUGCUCCUGCUGGUCUGAGCCCAGAAGGGCUGUGGAGAGAACCUGAGAAGAGUAUCUGCCUCCUCACCCUAUUACAGAUUUGAGUGAACAAGUAAGGUGGUGAGUCCGCCUGGCUGCCUGGGAUGGAGUCUGUGGCCUUGUACAGCUUCCAGGCCACUGAAAAUGAUGAGCUGGCUUUUAACAAAGGCGACACCCUGAAGAUUCUGAACAUGGAAGACGACCAGAACUGGUACAAGGCGGAGUUGCAUGGCGCUGAAGGCUUCAUCCCAAAGAAUUACAUCCAAGUCAAGCCUCAUCCGUGGUUUGCAGGCAGGAUCUCCAGGCAGUUUGCAGAAGAGAUUUUGCUCAGACGAAAUCACCUGGGAGCCUUCUUGAUCCGAGAGAGUGAGAGUUCCCCAGGAGAAUUUUCAGUCUCUGUGAACUAUGGCGACCAGGUUCAGCACUUCAAGGUGCUUCGGGAGAACAUGGGGAAAUACUUCCUUUGGGAGGAGAAGUUCAACUCACUAAAUGAAUUGGUGGACUUCUACCGCACAACUACCAUCGCCAAGAAGAAACAAAUCUUCCUGAGGGAUGAGGACCCAACACACAAGCCACCCAGAGCCAAGUUUGCCAAGGCCCAGUUUGACUUCACCGCCCAGAACCCCUCACAGCUCAGCUUCUAUCAGGGUGACAUCAUUGAGGUGCUGGAACAUUCUGACCCCAAUUGGUGGAGAGGCCAGCUCAGUGGCCGAGUGGGCUUCUUCCCUCGGAACUAUGUCCAUCCCAUCCACAUGUGAACUGUUACUGGGGCCUCUCCUCUCUCCAUCCCUCAGAGUUGCUUUGAACCACCCCAAGACUUUUCUGGAUGAGCAAGUACCCACAAUGGGGAGGAGCCAGUGGGUUUCCUACUGUUCUGAUAUCAAGAGUACAGAACAGGUUUCCUGCUGUAUCCAGAGGGGCCUGAAUCAGGUUGGACUCAGGGAGGGUAUUUUCUGGACCAAUUUAAUUCAGCAAAUAUUGAUUAAAUGCC